AUGCUCUUUCGAUACCUCAGUUCCUUAUGGCUCUUUUCUUGGGCGUUUUUCAUCCGUGUUGCUAUCACUGCUGAUGUUCCCGUUGGCGUACCUGGAGGACCGCAGUACUACCCCGUUACUGGGAGCAACAGUGGUGUCACUUCCCAAUCAGGAUCAAGACCAUUUAGACGGAACAUUCUUGACCUUCAGAAAGAUGUUCCCGCAUGGUCGUUGUACGUGCAAGCGCUAGCUUCGAUGCAGAAAGCUAACGAAAGCUCUCAACUGUCGUACUUUCAAGUUGCCGGCAUUCAUGGUAGACCCUACAUAACCUGGAAUAAUGUCAAUGAGGUCCCGGGUUCCAGCUGGAGAGGUUAUUGUACCCAUAGCUCUGUUCUAUUUUUGAACUGGCACAGACCCUAUCUAGCACUCUUUGAGCAAAUCCUCGGUGGUUAUGCACAAGAUAUUGCCAAGCAGUAUCCGGCCUCGGUCUCAUCAGUCUAUCAAGAUGCUGCAGACAACCUCCGAAUGCCAUAUUGGGAUUGGGCCUCCACGCCGGAGAUGCCGGAUAUUAUCAAUCAUGCAACUAUUCAGAUCGACACUCCAACUGGGACCCAAUCUGUAUCGAAUCCGCUAUUACAGUAUACUUUUCAAAAAUUCCCGUUCGACCCGUCUUAUUUUCCAAGCAACACAGUUUUUGCAAAUGAUCGAUACACCAAGAGAUCUCCAGAUACUGCGACCUCGGAAUCUAACCCUGCCACGGCUAAUUACUGGUUGGCAAAUAACAAAAUUAUGGAAAGAACAUGGUCCGCGUUGGUCAAGUCAAAAGACUUCAAUUCAUUUUCAACUACGGCGGUGUCUGGUCCGUCCCUCGAGGCCAUUCAUAAUGAUAUUCAUGGGGAUGUUGGAGGCUCAUAUGGGCAUAUGAUGGCUUUGGAGUAUUCAGCUUUUGAUCCGAUCUUUUGGCUUCAUCACACAAACGUCGAUCGCCUAUUCGCCAUGUGGCAAGCUAUCAACCCAAAUUCUUCGAUGACUCCAUUGUCAGAGCCUGGCACGUAUGCCAUACUCCGUAACAGCAUAGACACAGUCGAUACUCCCCUCCCACCAUUUACCUACAAUACCCAGGGGAAUACCUACACGUCCGCUUCGUCAUCGAACACCAGAACCUUCGGCUACACCUAUCCUGAGGUUGAAGAUUGGAGCCAAUCGCCCGAGCAGCUCAAGGCCAAUGUCUCGGCACAAAUCAACCGGAUGUACGAUCCUAAUGGCAUGUUUCACAAGAAAUCUCGAUCAAUUACACCUCGUCCCUCACUCCAAGACCGAAGCGCCCUUAUUCCUGGAUCAACGAUUCGAGAGUGGUCUAUUGCUAUCGAAGUCUCGAAAUUCGCUCUCGACGGUGAUAACUUUGCCGUGAGAUUCUUCCUUGGAGACGUUCCUUCAGACCCAAAAGACUGGCCGCGGAGUCCGAGUUGUGCUGGCUCGGUCCUCAUCAUGCCACCACCUCAUAUUGGCGAUCAACCCAUGCGAGAGGUCAUUCUUCAUGACGAAAUCAGUUUAGAGAAAGCUGUGGCAAAAUCCAGCCACGACUCUAACAGUGUGGGUGAUGUGGUGCCAUAUUUGAAGGGUAUCUUGAAUUGGAGAGUUCAAAAGUUGGAUGGUACGGUCGUCAGUAACGACCAAAUCCCAAGUCUAAAAGUCACUGUAUUUGACGAGAUGGUCACCUUGCCCAAGGAUAUCACUGAACUUCCACAAUACGGAAGCAAGACUGUGCAUGAGGAAAUUACAAAUUCGAAGGCAGGUGGCUACGGGCGCACUACCGCUAAUUAG